AUGGCUUCAGGAUACGACAGAGCGUUGUCCGUCUUCAGUCCUGAUGGACACGUUUUCCAGGUCGAGUACGCUGGCGAAGCUGUCAAGAGAGGAACGUGUGCGGUCGGCGUCAAGGGUACAGAUGUCGUCGUCCUCGGAUGCGAAAAGCGAUCAGCCAUGAAGCUGCAAGAUACCCGAAUUACCCCCUCCAAGAUUCAGCUCCUCGACACCCACGUCUGCCUGGCAUUCGCCGGAUUGAACGCCGAUGCUCGUAUCCUCGUCGACAAGGCGCGGUUAGAGGCACAGUCCCACAGACUGACCGUCGAAGACCCCGCCUCCAUCGAGUACAUGACCAAGUACGUUGCUGGUGUCCAGCAACGGUACACACAGAGUGGUGGUGUCCGUCCCUUUGGUAUCAGCACCUUGAUUGUCGGGUUCGACAGCGGCAGCAAGGUCCCCCGCCUUUACCAGACCGAGCCCUCUGGCAUCUUCUCCGCAUGGAAAGCCAACGCCAUCGGCCGUUCCAGCAAGACCGUUCGCGAGUUCCUCGAGCGCAACUACAAGGAGGAUAUGGACAGAGAGGCUACCAUCCGACUCGCCAUCAAGUCUCUUCUCGAGGUUGUCCAGACCGGAGCCAAGAACAUUGAAAUCGCGUUGAUGGCACCGGGCAAGACGAUUGAGAUGCUGCCCGUGGAGGAGAUUGAGAACCACGUCAAGAGCAUCGAGCAAGAGAAGCAAGAGGAGGCGGCCAAGAAGAAGACUGGACGCACACCCGGCACCGGAAGCGCGGCGAUCCUCACGAGAGGCUCGGGCUCGGGUGACGGUGAUGAGUAA